GAUAAGAGUUAUUUAACAUUUAUGUCCAAUAAUUAAAUUUUUUGUCGAGUACUGGUUAAUCUAUAUUCUUUUGUUUUUUUACAUCAUUUUGCAAUGUUUUUUUUUACUCCUUUUAUUCGCAAUCCUAUUACCGACUUGACUGGUCCUAUCAUGACUGCUCAAUUAGGCCAACGUUGUGCAGAGUUUGAGAUGAGAAUGAUGAACUGCUUUGAAGCUUAUGGUAAUCCUCUAGGCUAUCAAAAAUGUCAAGAUUACUAUGAAGAUUUUAAAGAAUGCUGUACUCGUGAAAAACAAAUGACGAGAAUUUAUGCUAUUCAAAAGGAACGAUCAUUACAAGCUAAAAUUCAAGGUAAAGGAAAAGAAUAUGAAAAUCCACCUGUUAUGCAUACAUUUUAAAUAAAUCAAUAAUGUUUUGUAAAAAUAAAGUUAAUGUAGAGUAUUUAUA